AUGGAGAAGCGGCUAGCGUACGCGGCCUUGCUCCCACUGCUCCUCCUCACGCUCCGCAUCCUGCCCCUGCCCCUUCCCUCCGGCUCCCCCAACCGCAGCAGCGGCCGCGUGGGCGACGAGGAGGAAGAAACCCCGCCCGCGUCGUCCAGGCACGUGGUGCGGUUCCUGGAGUACCGCCGCGCGGAGGAGCACCGGGAGUACCUGGACGCGGGGCUCCGCGGCGCCGUCGCCCCCGCCCCCGCGGCGGCGUGGCGGUGGGUGGAGCGGCGGAACCCCGCGGCCGCGUUCCCCACCGACUUCGCGGUGCUCGAGAUCCGCGACGCGCACCGCGACGCCGUCGUGGCCGCGGUGCGGGCGCUCGGCCGCGUGCGGGACGUGCACGCCGACGCCACCUACUCGCGGUCCCCCCUGUCGGCGUCAGCGGGGGCGCCGGAUCGGCCGCGGCCGCCCCGGCGGGGGAAGCUGUUCACCGCCAUGUCGUUCGAGGGGGAGGAUGAGGGUGGCGGAGAGGGAGAGGCGGGCAAUUCGUCUUCGGCUACUUGGGGGCGGAGGCUUCUUUUGCAGAGAUCACAAGUUACAUCACUUUUUGGAGCUGAACGAUUAUGGGGAAGAGGCUUCACUGGCAAGAAAGUCAAAAUGGCCAUUUUUGACACUGGUAUUCGGGCUGAUCAUCCACACUUUCGCAAUAUUAAGGAGCGCACAAAUUGGACAAAUGAAGACACACUAAAUGAUAACCUUGGGCAUGGAACAUUUGUAGCAGGAGUUAUUGCUGGACAAGAUGCAGAAUGCCCUGGAUUUGCACCUGAUACCGAGAUAUAUGCUUUUCGAGUCUUCACAGAUGCUCAGAUAUCCUACACAUCAUGGUUCUUGGAUGCAUUUAACUAUGCAAUAGCUACCGGUAUGGAUGUUUUGAACUUGAGCAUUGGUGGACCUGAUUACCUGGAUCUCCCCUUUGUGGAAAAGGUCUGGGAGCUCACAGCAAACAACAUUAUUAUGGUAUCAGCUAUUGGAAAUGACGGGCCUCUUUAUGGCACAUUAAACAACCCAGCUGAUCAAAGCGAUGUUAUUGGCGUUGGUGGUAUUGAUUACAAUAACCAUAUAGCUUCAUUUUCCUCUAGAGGCAUGACUACGUGGGAGCUUCCUCAUGGUUAUGGUCGUGUGAAACCUGAUGUUGUUGCAUAUAGUCGAGAUAUAAUUGGAUCGAAGAUCAGCACAGGCUGUAAGACCCUUUCGGGCACCAGUGUAGCAAGCCCGGUGGUUGCUGGUGUAGUAUGCUUGCUUGUUAGUGUUAUACCUGAAGACAAGCGGAAAUUGAUCCUUAACCCUGCUGCUAUGAAACAGGCCCUUGUUGAGGGUGCUUCUAAACUUUCAGGGCCGAACAUGUAUGAACAAGGUGCUGGCAGGCUUGAUCUCUGGCAGUCAUAUGAAAUCUUGAAAAAUUACCAACCAUGUGCAAGCAUAUUUCCUACUAUGCUUGACUUCACCGACUGUCCAUAUUUCUGGCCUUUUUGUCGUCAACCUAUGUAUGCUGGAGCUAUGCCAGUAAUCUUCAAUGCUACAAUUCUGAACGGGAUGGGGGUGAUUGGUUAUGUAAAGGAUCAACCUUUAUGGCAACCUUCUGAGGAUAUUGGCAAUCUUCUUAGUGUGCACUUCACCUACUCAGAUGUCAUCUGGCCUUGGACAGGAUAUCUUGCUCUACAUUUGCAAGUUAAAGAUGAGGGUUCUCAGUUUUCGGGCAUAAUAAGUGGCAAUGUUACUCUGACUAUUUAUACCCCAGCAGCUCAUGGAGAAAGCAGCCCACAGAGUAGUACAUGUAUUCUUCACUUGAAGAUCAAGGUAGUUCCAACACCUGUUAGGUCAAAAAGGAUACUGUGGGACCAAUAUCAUAAUAUUAAGUAUCCCUCGGGAUAUGUUCCAAGGGAUUCCCUUAAUGUUCAUAAUGAUAUCCUUGACUGGCAUGGUGACCACUUGCACACAAACUUUCACAUUCUGUUCAACAUGUUAAGAGAUGCAGGGUACUAUAUUGAGACACUUGGAUCACCACUUACUUGCUUUGAUGCUAGCAAUUAUGGGACAUUGCUUAUGGUGGAUCUUGAGGACGAAUACUUUGAUGAAGAAAUUCAGAAACUUAGGGAUGAUGUUAUACACAAGGGACUUGGUAUUGCUGUUUUUGCUGAGUGGUACCAUGUUGAUACAAUGGUUAAGAUGACAUUCUUUGAUGAGAAUACCCGAAGUUGGUGGACUCCAAUUACUGGGGGUGCAAAUAUUCCUGCAAUUAAUGAACUUCUGGCACCAUUUGGCAUUGCUUUGGGGGACAAAAUACUUACUGGUGACUUCUCAAUCAAUGCUUCCAGCUCCAGGAAAACUCCAAAGACGGUGCAAGAUCACAUAGGAACACUGGAUACAGAAAGCACCCAGGGGAAAAGCAAGCUCUCCUCAAUUCUUGGAGUGAUGGAAGCAGGGGAAGGGAGGAUUGCAGUCUAUGGUGAUUCAAAUUGUCUUGACAGUAGUCACAUGGUAACAAACUGCUAUUGGCUUUUGAGGAAAAUAUUGGAGUUCACUGGCAACAGAGUGAAAGAUCAUGUCCUUUUCUCAGAGGCAGCACAGUUAAAGUUUCUAGUUUUUGAAAAUAUCCAUCAGCCAUCACGUAGAACGGAUGUAAACUUUUCAACAUACUCAACAGUUGUUGGCAAGGAAUUGAUCUGCCACCAAGAUUCCCGGUUUGAGGUUUGGGGAACAAAAGGUUAUGGUGUCCAACCAACAGGCACAUCAAGAAAGCUUCCAGAGUACCAGAUGCAUGAAAGUUCUAGUUCUCCCAAUGUAACAAUACAAACUACUGACAGUAUACAAGAUAAAGUUGAAAGGCUUCAAAGAAAUCUUUCGACACCUAAUGCUGCUAAAUUUGAUGAUAAAAGAGAUUAUUUUGGAUUUAUUGGUCAUGAGGAGGUUGACAUAGGAAUGUUAAUGGCAAACCAAUGGAUGGUACCUUGCUUCUCUGCCACUGCUUGUCAGUAA